GUUCAAUCUUAAAAGUUAACACCCGCCAAAACCAAAUUGCUAGCCAUAGCCCAGAUGGAAAGCAAAAACAAAAACAAAAUUCAUUUGUUUUCGCUCUCCCUUAUUUUCAAUUCCAUCUUAUUUGCUUCACUUUCAAAUGCCAUCUCCUCCUGCAACGGCCCAUGUCAAACCUUGAAUGACUGCGACGGUCAGCUCAUUUGCAUCAAUGGACAAUGCAACGAUGACCCAGAUAUUGGCAGCCAUAUAUGUAGCGCAGGCGGUAGCGACUGUCAGGCCUCUGGCUCUAUGACAUGUGCAGACAAAUCUUACCCUACAUACACAUGCUCACCUCCAGUAACAUCAGCUACAACUGCUAAACUAACUUUGAAUAAUUUUAGCAAAGGGGGAGAUGGAGGAGCGCCAUCAGAGUGCGACGAGGACUACCAUGACCCGACGGAGAGCGUGGUGGCGUUGUCGACAGGGUGGUAUAAUGGAGGGUCAAGAUGCGGGCAGAUGAUAAGGAUCAGCGCUAGUAAUGGGAGAAGUACCACGGCUAAGGUUGUUGAUGAGUGUGACUCAAGAAAUGGGUGUGACAGUGAGCAUGCAUACCAGCCUCCUUGUAGGAACGACGUUGUUGAUGGGUCUGAUGCUGUCUGGGGAGCUUUGGGUUUGGAUAAGAGUUUGGGUAUUGUGGAUGUUACAUGGUCGAUGGCCUAGGUCCUAGGUUGAUGAUGAUUAAGCUCUAUCAAGACGAGGUCUGUUAAUAUAUAGACCAUAAUUAUGUGACAAUAAAAGGCUUAAUUCUCAAAAAAUUCAAUACUUUAAGCUUUAUUUUUAAAUUA